AUGCCUGUUACAAUUUCCACUCCAAAUUAUCCGGAUUUAUUUAACGUCGGUGAUCAGUGUAUUUGGUUGCUUACAGCUCCACGUGGUGGAAUCGUAAAUUUUCAAUUUGUUGAUCAAUUUCAAUUACAAUGUGAAGAUACAUGUGAUAAAUCUUAUGUAGAACUGAAAACUGGAGCUGAUUUCCGAAUUACUGGAUAUCGAUUUUGUUGCUCAAAAGCAUCGCGUCAUGUGUUUCAAUCUGUUACAAACGAAAUGGUGGUUAUAUUUCGUGGUUUUGGUGAUGCGGGAAAUGGCUUUAAGGCUAAAGUUUGGUCGAAUGUAGACGAUGAGACAGUUAAUACAAUUGUAUCAACUGAAAUGACUGGAAUUCCGGAAGGAAUUUUGAAGUUAACAAUUCCAACAGUUGAAACUGUAACCAUUCCUAUUGCAACAACAACAACAACAGUAGCAACAAUUUCUACGAAUGCAAGAAAAUUUCAAAAGAAAAACAAUAAUAUCACUAUCACAAGCACUGCUACUACUACUAUUCCGACUACUACCAUUACUACAACUAUUGCCAAAACAGCAUCAUUUCCGGUAACUACCAUUACUAUGCCUAUAGUAACUGGAAGUGUUACUGAAGAUAGUCGGAAAUACAGUACGCUACCGUCAUUUCCAGUUGGAAUUCGAAAUUUGUGUGAAUGUGGUGAAUGGACAGAAUGGACUGGUCCAUGUACUCAAGAAUGUGGCGGUUGUGGUAAACGUUCUCGAACACGUCAAUGCUCACCAAAUGUAGAAUGUAGAAUGGCAGAAAAACGUGCAUGUGCUUUUAAUGUUUGUCCACAUGGAACUAAUUUCCUCAUUAAUAAUGGCGAAUUCCAUAUACUUUGGAAGGGUUGUUGUGUUGGUCUAUUCCGAUCAGGUGAUAUGUGUUCGGCACUUGAUGAUGGCCAGAAUCCAUUUCUGAAAUUUCUGGAAACAUUGUUAAAUAUGCAAGAUAUGCAAAGGAAUGAACAUUCAUCCGACUCAAAGAAAUAA